AUGGGUUCAACAUCAGUUCGCCGAAACCUCUUCCAACAGAAUAUCAGCCGCCGUCCUACCCCAGCCCCAAGUGUACAAGGGACCAAUGGGCUCUCUACUCGUCCCUCGAAUAGAUUGAAGCAUUCUUCGUCUGAUUCCUCUAUGUCUCGGAAUAGCAGACUGGCAGAGAAUAAGGAUAUUGUGGUGCGCGAUAAGAAUGGAGGGUACAAACUUGAUAUCCCCACCUUACCCCGAAGCUCCUUGUUAGGAAAUGGAGAGGAACUUGAUGAGCUUGAGGGUGAGGAAAUGCGGGAUUUGCCGUUUGAUCCAUUGGGCAAUGAACAGGACAAAGAGAAGUUUGAUGCUGCACUGGUUGAGAUGAUGAUUCGGCACCGAAACAGACAGUCUGUUAGUGAGCCUGAUGAAGUGUUGAAUAUUGUUCACCAGAACUUGCGCAAGAAAACCGAUUCCUUGGAUGAUGAUAACUGGAUGUUUGAAUCUGAUACUAGGUCUUUGAUCUAA